AUCACGGGCGGUAUACCAUUGAGUAGACAUUGGGCAAGUUCGAGGAGCGACCAUUUGUCAACCACUAGUCAAUGUUCUAUGGUUACCUAUGCAUGAAAUACAUCCUGGGUACCAGGCAAAAUCACCCAAUGGUCAACGAUAGUCAACCAUAGUCCCUUGCUCGAACUGGCUCUAGUUUUGCAAUGGCAAAUUACCUGGAAACUUUAUUCAUGUUACUACUCGCCUUUUUCGGUGGCAGUUUCUUGACGUGGAUAAUAGCAAUACAUACAGUGCAGAAGUAUGAGUCCGUUUUACGAGAGAGAGAACCUAAAAACUUGAACCGGGAUUCAUUACAAUCCGACUCCAUCAUGAACUUCGUCAAAUAUGGCGAGAGAUUUCAUAAAGUCAAGACCAACGCAUCCCAUCGUCUCCCGCCGGUACACACGGCGCAAAAGCCCACCGUGAAGCAACGCAUCUCAGCGAACGAUCAUCGCAUAAUGUCUGAGAUCAACAAUGCAAACAAUCCCAGGGUGCUUUGCUGGGUCAUGACGACACCAGAGACUCUACACAGUAGAGCAAUCGGAAUCAAGAAGACUUGGGGUCCACGCUGUGACGUCACACUGUACAUGAGCUCAAAAACCGAUCUUGACUUUCCAGCAGUUGGGCUUCCAGUGAACGAAGGAAGAAAACAUUUAUGGAAAAAGACAAAAGAAGCAAUUCUUUACAUCUAUAAGCACCAUUUCAACGACGCUGAUUGGUUCUUUAAGGCUGAUGACGACACUUACGUCAUAGUGGAUAAUUUGAGAGGUUUUCUGCGGGACAAAAACAGCAGUGAGCCGGUUUACUACGGUCAUGAGUUUCAUCAACAGGGUUGGCAUGUGGGGUACAUGAGUGGUGGGUCAGGGUAUGUAAUCAGCAAGGAGGCCCUCAAGAGGCUGACUAAUGAUCAACUAAAGAUUGAUGGGAAUUGUCACAUCAGUGGCAAGAUUACUGCAGUAGAGGACAUGAUGAUUGGCUGGUGCCUGUCCAAAGUGAAUGUACUACGCGGUGAUUCAAGGGAUGAGUACCAGCGAAGUCGAUUCCUACCUUUGCGUACUGACGAUUACUUCAAAGAUAAUAUGCCGGAAUGGUUCUUCAAAUCCUCGAAAUAUGACGUGAAAUUGGGUCCCGAUUGCUGCUCAGAUAGUUUGAUAUCUAUCCACUACAUCAAAACUGAGGAGUCGAUGUUAACUCUUGAUUAUUACAUCCACAGAAUCAAAGUCAAGACAAAACCAAAUCCAUAAUUCAUAGCAAUCAAUUUUGUUAUCUCAACUGGAAAUGUUUAGCGGGACAAUCGCGAAAUUGUUGGCCCAUGAACUUUAUCAUCCUUGCCUCGUGGUCGUCUCAUGUGUAUGGGUUGGCCUC